AUGGCAACAGCAAAUAAUAAAGCAAGAUGUUUGGUAUGUAACAAAGAAAAAAAUACAUACAGUUGUAAAGGAUGUUCAAAUGAGUUCUGUUUUCCACAUUUGACAGAACAUCGACAAAGAAUCGAGACACAAUUAGAGGAAAUUAUUAAUGAUUAUGAUCAAUUUCAACAAGCAAUUGUUCAACAAAAACGAAAUCCACACAAUUCUUCUUUAAUUCAACAAAUUAACCAAUGGGAAACAAAUUCAAUUGAGAAAAUUCGACAAACAGCAGAAGAAUGUCGAGAAACAGCGAUGGAAUUGACACAAAAGUCGAUCAGUGAGGUAGAAAAAAAGUUUAGUAAUUUAUCUAAGAAAUUAAAAAAAAUUCGUGAAGAAAAUGAAUUUAAUGAAAUUGAUUUACAUAACUUUCAAUUAAAAUUAACACAAAUUACAAAAGAACUUCGUCAACCAUCAAAUAUUUCUAUUCAGCAAGAUUCACAAGAAUUUAUUAACAAAAUUUCAGUUAUUUCAUCAUUCGAAGAAAUUCAAAUAAAAAAGAAUAAAUAUCAACAAUUUGGAAUUACUGUUGCUGGAGGAAAUGGAGAUGGACAGGGAUUAAAUCAACUCUACUAUCCUUAUGGGAUCUUUAUCGAUAAUGAGAAAUCAAUUUAUAUUGCUGAUUAUUCGAAUCAUCGUAUUGUUAAAUGGAAACUGAAUUCGAAGACUGGUCAAAUCAUUGCAGGCGAAAAUGGAAUGGGAAAUCAAAAUAAUCAUUUGACUGCUACAACAGAUGUAAUUUUUGAUAAAGAAAAUAAUUCCUUUAUUAUUUCUGAUAUGGGAAACAGACGAGUAAUUCGGUGUUUUGAUCAAAAUCAAACAAAUCAACAAACUAUUGUUUCAAAUAUCAUUUGUUGGGGUCUAACAAUCGAUAAAAAUGGAUUUAUUUAUGUUUCUGAUUGGGGGAAUCACGAAGUAAGACGAUGGAAACAAGGAGAUAAACAAGGUGAAUUAGUUGCAGGUGGAAAUGGUCAAGGAAAUGAUCUUAAUCAACUUAACUAUCCUACGAAUAUCUUUAUUGAUGAAGAAUAUUCCCUUUAUAUAUCAGAUUAUAAGAAUCAUCGUGUAAUGAAAUGGGAAAAAGAUGCAGAAGAAGGAACAAUUGUUGCUGGUGGAAAUGGUCAAGGAAAUAGUCUCAAACAAUUGUCUCACCCUCGAGGACUGAUUAUUGAUCAUUUGUAUCAAAUCUAUGUGGCGGAUUGUAGGAAUAAUCGAGUGGUGCGUUGGUGUGAAGGAAAUGAAGAAGGUGAAAUUGUUGUUGGUGGAAAUGGUAAAGGAAGUCAAUCAGAUCAAUUGAAUCAACCAACAGGUUUAUCAUUUGAUAAUGAAGAGAAUCUUUAUGUUGUUGAUAAAAAUAAUUAUCGAAUCCAAAAAUAUGAAAAAAUUUGA